AACAUAGCCUAAACGCUUUUUCUGAAUUACUAUAAUACUGGCAUUUCUCAAAUAAAAUGAAAAUAGUAUUUGAAGGGUAACUAUAGCUGAGAGUGGUGUUCUCCUGCGUGUCCUCAUGAAAUGCAACGUCCGUGAGCUCGCUCACUUGAGCGACCAGCCUUGUGUUAUUGAAGGGAGAUUAAACUACAAAAAGGUCUCCAAUGGGGGUUAUCGCAAUCAAGCAGUGUUCAAGGAGAGGUGGUUUCGGCUCAUCAACAAUUACUUGUUCUACUUCAAAAUAAGUGAGAUGGGCAAGUUUGAUACAAAGAAUCCGGCUGGUGUCUUUGUUAUGGAGAACUCAUCUAUUCAGAUGGAGCAUGGACCAAAUAUAUCAUUUUCGUUUUCUAUAUCCUUUAUCGACGAGCCAGAGAAGCGACACUUGUUUGCGGCGCGCGCCGAGGACAACGUCGUGCAGUGGGUCAUCAAGCUGCGUGAGUGCUCCUACGAGUACCUGCGCGAGCGCCUGCACACCCUGCAGUCCAAAAUAUACUCUAUUACUGGCAAGGACCCUCUACUACUAGUGCCGCGCAACGAGGGCGCGUGUCUCUGGGCGCCCGCCGUGCCCUUCUCCACGGCCCCCGCCUGCACCGUCAACACCAGCUCCUUCAGCUGCCACCUGCACACCGGCAGCGCGUUCACGCUCGAGCGGAGCAAGUCCGACGCGAACGCGCACAGACACUUACGCACGAACAAGUCGACUUUUUACACCGUAGCAAAUAGUGACGAACACAAAAGUGAUACGAAAAUUUUCUCCCUGGAAAGGAGCAAAACGUCCGCGCUGUUCAAAAGUCAUAUCGAGGCCGUGGAGGGGUCGAUAUUCGACAGCGGUGAGUUGAACGCGAGUUGCGCGCCGAGUCCGCCGGCGCGGCACCGGCUAUGCCCCUCGGGCCCCUUUCGGCGCGAGGUCGGCGCCGACGUGCAGGCGCUGGCGGCCAGCGGGCGGCUGCGGGGCACGGCGGGCAUCCUCGGCGACGCGCCCGUGCCGCCGCGCCGCAAGACCUCGCCCAAGCCACAGCCACACGUGAACAGCGACAGCAGCCGAUCGCAGGAACCCGAAGAUCUUAUUCAAUUUUAGUCUAUUUAUAAUACUGACGUACCCCACCUAGUUAAAUUACGGCCCGCAGGCUUCUGUCGGUGUAGAGAUUGUAUAAUAGGGUUUUAAAUGCUAAGAAAUUGUAUUUUGCCAGAUAUGUGAUAUUUGUAUGAUAGAAGAUUGUAUGAUAUUAAUAGAAGA